AUGUGGGGUACUUUUGGAGAAGAUUCAGGAAAAAGAGGAAUUGACUUAUUUGAAGAGGUUGUUCGGGAAAAAUGUAAGCAAGUAAGUGUUUAUAUUUACAUUGUCAUGUUCUAGACGUUACUAAGAUGUUGUUUCUUUUUACUCUAGUUAAUUUGCUAAUUAUAUGUUUGGUCAUGGAUAAUAUAACUUUUAUUAAGUAAACCUUACGUUGGUCAAUAUAAGUUUGUUUCAGAACGACACUGUCGGUUUUGGUGGCAUGAGAAAUGAGUCGUUUGUUCCACAGGAUAUUUUGGAUAUAGCAAAUGGCGUAGACUCGAGUUAUGGACCAAGGCUGAAGUCUGAACAUUGUGAGUUUGUUUUGUAUUUUUUGUUGCUUUUUAGGUAACAACGACUGAUUUGGGAGAUGAAAAUAGUUUUAUACUAGCUGUUAGAAGGUUUUAGAAGCAGGACUAAUUAGAGACUUUAAGGAAAAACCAUAGUUUUACGGAUCUUUGGUAAUUCGGUAUUGUGAUAGACAAAAAUCGCUUAAAAUUGAUUAAGAGCGCUCUUUUUAUAUGUUGGGGUUGAAUAACUAUGACAACAAGAUCACGCAGUUUCUAGUAAGCUAAAAUUCACUAUAAAGCAGCUAAAGAAAGCUUUAUUUUCAGCUGGUAAACACAGUAGAUGGGGGAACAACAAUGAUAAAUUUCCAAUGAAUGGUGACAGGCGGAAUAACUAUAAUCGAAAUGAUGGAAAAUUUAACCAGGGUGAUCGUGAUAAUAGAAGUCAUGGAGAAUAUAAUCGUCGAGGGCCGUCGAGGGUUCAUAUUGGAAAUUCGAAGUUUUCACGAAAUGACAGAAAACAAAGUGGACCAAACUCUAGAAACUGGAAGGAUGAUUCGAUUUAUAAUACUCCAAACAGGAUUAAAAGUGAUUCUCAUGGAUUUGACAGAAGUAAUGGUGGUGAUCAUCGAUAUAACAGGAGUAAUGGACUUAAUUCUCACAGAGAAGAUGGAUCUUAUGUUUGGCAUCGAGAUGAUAAAUCUUUUAGUGACUCUCAUAGGUCGAAUAGAGAUACGAAUCGUCAAAGUAGAUCAAAUGGUAUUUAUUCUGGAAGUGACAGGUCCAAUGCAACUUCUUCUAAUCUUAAUAAAUCAACUGGACUUUCUUCUGGCCCAACAAGCUUAAGUUCUUCUACAGAAGCGACUGUUCCAGUGAAGAAUGAACAUUCAUCUGCAUAUCAUGGAUCUACAUCUAGUUCUGGAGCUAAUCAUCGUCAAAGUUUAUCAACUAUUCAAGAUUUAUCUUAUUCAGAGAGACAAGAUGAUGAUAUUUUGACUGAUUUUGAACCCCAAACAGAGCACAUACCUAUAAAUUAUGAUGAAGAUUUAAACUUACUGAAUUUAGCGUCUGGAGCUACUGGAAAUCAAAGUGAUUUUGAUCUAAAUCAAGAUCAACAGCCGCAAAACCCUUCAGAGACUACAAGAGCUAAAAAACCGAAGCCAAAGCCUCAACCACGAACGAAGCUUGACUACAGUGAAGCCUACGAUAAGAUGACUCCAGAAGAGAAGAAGCGAAUGUUCUUAAGUCGGCCCAAAAUCUUUAAAACGAAGAAACGUACGACUAAAGCAGCUGAAAAUGGCGGUAAAGGUUCAAGAAAAGAUAGGAAAAGUCGCGUUGAAAGCUCAGAAGACGAAGAUGAUGAAUAUAGUGAUGUUGAUGAGACUUCUGGUGGUCGUGAGCAGCGUGACAGCCGAGGUAAUGAAAGAGGUAUUGGACGAAAUGAACAAGACUUUGAUGAUUAUAUUCUUGGAGAAAGUGCGGCGUCUGGAAGGCGGAUUCAUGGAGACUUAGAAGGCUUUGAAGAUGAUAUCUAUGGGGACAAUGGAGCUUUUGAAGCCAGUUUUCAUGAUGAAGCAGGCACUUCUGGAGCUGAUAUUUAUAGUCAAUCAGAAGUUCAUGAAAAUGGUUAUUAUCAUACAGAACAAGAUUCAGAUAUCAUUGUGCAUCGUCCAGAAAAGUCAUCCAGAAGUCGUUCACAUCGUACUGAUACCAUCUUUGAACCUAGAGAUAACGCUACAAGUAUAGGAAAGCCCAGAAUUCGUAAUGUGUCUAAUAGAAAAGCUAAAAAGAGAGUAAUAUACAAUGAAGAAGAAGAUCAUGGUGAAGAUGAUGAUGUAGAAGUAAGAAGUAGAAAGAAAGAUAAGAAAGGUCAUGGUGAAGAUGAAAGACAUGGUAAUGAGCAUAAGAGGAAGAAGAGUAAAGAUGGAAAUGGAAAUCGUGGUUUUUAUGAUAGUGAAGGUAACAAUGAUGAUAUACCAAGCACAAGUCAUGAUAUACAUAAUGGUGAACAGGUUGUGGUUAAAGAGGAAGUUGAGGAUUUCAAUUACAAUGUUUUGCAGGUAGGUAUUUACUGAUAGGUCUUUUUAACAGUGAAUUCAACUUAUGUGAGGAAAUGACAAGAACUUUCUUUACAAACCCGAAAAUGAAAUUUGUCGUAUAACUUGUCACCCCCAGGCUGCAAAAUACAAAACCGGGAUUUUUAUGUAAAAAUGGCAAGGACUUUCUUUACAAGUCAUAAAAUGGCAAGAACUUUCCUUACAAAGCAAAAAAUGGCAAGAACUUUCUUUACAAAGCUGAUAAGUCAUAUAUAUUGUUUUAGCCUCUAAUCGACACAAUGAACAACCUUGAAGUAAUCGACGAAACCGACUGUGACAUGUACAUUCCUCGCGUCAUUCGCGGCCGAUGGGAAGGUCCAGACGACGAAGAGAACUUUCCCCUAAAAUCGACCAGACAUAUGAUAGUAAAGAUGAAAGAAGCUCUACAUGACAUACCGAAUAGUGUUAACACUUUACUGAUAGUAGAGGAAGCGCUACAUUGCUUGAAUGCUGAUCUAUUGGAAGAGAAUGGUGCGACUACAGUGUGUAAGAUGGGCAGCCGAUUUAGGCCACAGUAAGUUGAAGUUUUAUGAUAUUAAGGGUUGUGGGCAUAGCUUUUAGAGGAGAAAAGGGAGAGCUUGGUCGGAGGGGAAGGGGUAGAUAUUUUUUAUGGUCAGACGCACAAAAAGGCAAUAACUUUCUUUACAAAACAUAAAAUGGCAGGAACUUUGUUUACCAGGUAAACAAUAGCAAGAACUUUCUUUACAAAGCAUUAAAUGGCAAGAACUUUCUUUACAAAACAUAAAAUGGCAAUAACUUUCUUUACAAAUCAUAAAAUGGCAAGAACUUUCUUUCCAAAACUAAAAAUGGCAAUAACUUUCUUUACAGAGCUAAACUUUUGAAAAGUCACUUUUAAUUUCGAAAAUUUUUUAAAAUUUAAUUUUUCAGUUACUUCGCCGAAGCCCUACGGCAAUUGAAAUCGAAUAGCAUUCGUAAAAUCAAGCACGUUGGAAUCACAUUGGCCUAUAACGCUUUGUUUAACUAUGAAAUGAUGGAAAACCAUGAAUAUGCUGACAAUGGAACGACGAUUAUCGAGGAUUUCAAUUCGAAAAAGUCAAUGCCAGACCUAUUCAACAGUAUCGAAGGGAUUGUCAGAGCAUUGGUCGAGGUUUUUGGGCUGAAGAAGGUGUUGAUCAUCACACCACAUAUGGUAAGAGGAGGGUAUUUGUUCGGUAGGAAAUGGGGUUAUGAUGAACUAGGUUAAGGUAAAGUAAGAUGGGGUAUGGUAGGAUAGGGUAAGGUAAGAUAAUGUGGGUAGGGUAGGACAGUUCAGGGUAGGGUAUUUUAAGGUAGUGUAAAGUAAGGUAAGACAGAGUAUGGUAAGAUAGGGUAAUGUAAGAUAAAGUAAGAUAAGGCAGAUAUCAUUGAGUAGGAUAUUUGAUUUGAUUGGACAUGCGGUAGAGUACAAACUAUGAUAAAUGGGUUGAACACAACAUAAGUCAAGCUAUAGUUUUGGGAUAUACAAGAGGUAGGGUAUGAUAUAUUAUUCUAUUACAAAUGUUCUAUCCUAUCUUGCUGCAUUACAACAUUACUGUAACUCUACAGUUACCCAUGCUACUCUAACUUAUCUUACACUACCCUAUCAGGUUUUUCUCUACCUUAGCCUAUUACUCUACCUUACCUUAACGUAUUUUUUUCACGCAUUAUUUUUAUCCUCUUGCUUCCUAUCUACGUCUUGGUUUGUGACACUCAACCAUAUUCAUGUUUUUAAAACUCAUUUAAUAUAAUUGUAGGUACGACAUCAAGCUCUUCUAAAAAUGAUCACGGACAAGUUUAAAGUUACUAUUUCUAAAAACAAGUAAGGUUUUAUUUUUAUGUUACCUAAAAUACGAUUUUGAUUAUUUUUAAACUUUUUAAUAUUUUAAUAGGCGGGGGGGGAAGGAUAGGGUACGGUAUAAAUUUUAUAAAUUAAAAAAUAAUUAUAGCUACCUAUCAAAACAUGUUGUCUACGCCGACUUCAAUGACUACGUAUCGGAUCUGGACACUAAACUGACUCCACAUGAAGUUCGACAAUUCUUAAAACAAGCGUUCACGGCCUACGGAACGGCAAUUAAACAAGCACAAUAA